AUGUCGAAACCCAUGGAUCCACCCGCUGCACCUCCUCCGUAUUCCGAAUCAGCUCCCCCUUACCCCGCUACUGCACCCCCUGGUUACCCACCAGCCUCUGGCUAUCCUCCAGCUUCUGGCUAUCCCCCAGGUCCUGAAUAUCUAUCGGGUCCUGGCUAUCCCCCGGGUCCUGGAUACUCUCCUGCUGGCCAACCAUACCCUCCUCAGGGCACCGUGGUGUACGCUGUCCAGAAUCUGGGACCCGGCCCAUCGCUGUUCUUCUGCCCCACCUGCCAACAACAAGUGACCACCAACAUCACCUACGAGUCUGGGCUUCUGACGUGGAUUUUAGUAGCGUUGAUCUGCUUCUUCGGUGGCUUUUUCGGAUGUUGUCUGAUUCCGUUGUGUUGCGACUGCGACAAGGACGUUGUGCACAGUUGUCCGCGAUGCAAACGAACCCUCGGCACCUACAGCCGCAUGUGA